AAUUGCGGCGAGGGAGGGAGGGACACUUCCGUUCCCCCCACUCCAGCACGUCCGUCGCAAAAGGCGAUUGUCGCGAUUGGAACGCCAAGUUGUUUGCAAAAAACGUGUCGCGCUCGUUGGCUUGGAGUUGAAGCCAACCCGGAGUAGGUCGCGAUUGCUGUCAUAGGCCAAACGUGGGCGCUCAACGGAAGAUCCAUUCCACCUUGUGCUAACUAGCCGCAGCUAGUACACGUUAGCCGGCCGCGGUCGAAUGGCGACAGGCAGCAGCAGCAGCAGCAGCAUGUUUUCGGCUCGUUUCGGAGGAUUUCGGCGCUAAAAAGGCCUCAUUGGGGGAAAUCAGCCCGAUCCCGACCGGCUCAUCCCCUCACCGGACUUGUGUGUGUCAAAGUGUUUUGUUGAGGAAGUGGUUCCGUCCAGGAUGAAUGGCUUCAGUACCGAGGAGGACAGCCACGACGGGCCGCCCGCGCCGCCCCUUUACGGCCAGAGCUGCUGCUUGAUCGAGGACGGCGAGCGAUGCGGCCGCUCCGCCGGCAACGCCUCCUUCAGCAAGCGGAUCCAGAAGAGCAUUUCGCAGAAGAAACUCAAGCUGGACAUCGACAAGAGCGUGCGCCACUUGUACAUCUGCGACUUCCACAAGAACUUCAUCCAGAGCGUGCGCAACAAGAGGAAGAGGAAGACGAGCGACGACGGCGGCGAGUCCCCGGACCAUGACGUGGAGGUGCCAGAGGUGGACCUGUUCCAGCUGCAGGUGAACACGUUGCGGCGCUACAAGCGACACUACAAGCUGCAGACCAGGCCCGGCCUCAACAAGGCCCAGCUAGCCGAGACGGUGAGCCGUCACUUCAGGAACAUUCCGGUGAACGAGAAGGAAACGCUGACCUACUUUAUUUACAUGGUGAAGAGCAGCAAGAGCCGCUUGGACCAGAAGGGCGACGGCGGCGGCAGCAAAGCGCUCGACUAAAAAAAAAAGAAAAACGCAAGCGGCCGACACGACGAGACGAGGACAAAGGGCCAAAAAGUGGACCCUCCCGCCAAAAAGCGCAUCCCGGGAGGGCGGUCGCAACCAUCCGCCGACCGUCGUUUGCUUGGCCCAAACCUUUGCGACUCGAGCACCGGCCGGGACUGACUCGCGUUGACUUUGCCUACCCUACCGUGUGCCGCCGCCACAAGGCUCACCGACAGAAUGAGCACCCCUUUGACCUCGUCGGGAAAGUCAACAUAACGUACUUCCAAAAAUCCUUUGGUUUUGAACUUAAGGACCAGGACCAGACUGCUGACAUUUUGCAUGUGGUCUUUUCCCCACCAAGAUGCGCACUGCGUAAAGAAAUGAAUGCUAGCACUGACACGGGCGAUAAAAGCUCUUGGCCCAGUCUUUAACCCUCCUGUUAUUUUGCAGGUAGUAAGUAUUACAUGCCGUGCGUGGCUUAAUCUAUGACAACAACUCCAUUGGAAUGGUGAGUCAUGAAAAAAAAUAUUCUCAUUGGCAUUUUUUUUUUUUUCCCAACAACUUCCAAAUAAUGGGUCAAAUUGACCUAGGAACAAUUUUGGUUCCUUAGAAACAAAUAGUCAUUUUACAUAAAAGCCUUCACCCAAAAGCUUAGUAUUGAUUGUUAUAUGUGAAAAGCUAGAAGAAGAAAAAACCCUCAUGUAACGGUGCGGCUCAAAUUGACCCGUCUAAAACAAUUUUAAGCGUAGUGGUUACAAUACAUGAUUUGUUUUUUGCUACUAUCCCACUGCUGACACUUUUUGGUGAAUGGGUCAUAUUGACCCACUGUCAAACGUUCUGGCCUUUUUAACGUAAAUAUGCACAAGUACAUGUUUUGGGAAAUUUGUUUACUCGUUCUGACAGUUAUUGGAUAACGUUUCAAACUGAUCACUAUUAAUGCAACAGGAGUUUAAACAAAAAUCUCUCGCCAUGAAAAGCUCCAUAACCCGCAAUGUCAAAAAAGUCACAGUUGAAUUUUUGGAUAUGAAUCCCCACCCAAAUUUGGGGCAACGGUCAAAUGGACCCAGAGAACAUGAUAGGUUUUCCGAAGAAAGCAACAGAAACAGGAGGGUUAAAUCCACCCGUGAUGAGUGUUUAUCGUCGGAGAGCGCUGUGCUGCGAUGCGACGCGCUUGUUUGUAAUCCUAGAUAGCUGAAGGCUAGCUGUAGUUCUUAAACAACCAAACUUGAGCAGGCUUUUCGCUUUAGUCGAACUACAACAGUAAGAAAGUGUUUGUACACACUUUUAUUUGGGAUUAUUUUGUUGUUUGUCCUGCCCACAUUUGUAGUUUUGCUGUUAGUUUUCCAUUGGCAUCACAUAGCUGAUGACUUGUCUUUCUUCACACAUAAGCUGCAUUAACCGUGGUCAUAUUAGAAAGCCCACUUGUAUUUAAAUAUGGCUGCUUAUCGCUCCUCCUAAUGAAACAAAUAAAUGUACAGGCUUAUUAUA